AAACAUGGCGGCCUCUGUCACACCGCUAUGCUCCUCCUUCAAAUUAUACCGCGGUAUCCUGGAGCCCUGCUGUCGAGCCAAAAUUAGGACUUUCAGGAAGUGCGGGACCCAUCGGAGACAUUUCCAUUCAACAGAACCGAGUCAUGCUGCUACAGUAAUCUCAGGAACAGAACUGGCGCGACAGAUCCACAGAGAAAUAGUGCGCGAUGUGGAGGACUGGGUUUCCCAGGGCAACAAGCGACCGCAUCUUAGUGUCAUCAGGGUGGGUGACGACCCAGCCAGCCGCACCUACGUCAGGAACAAAACCAAGGCUGCAACAGCACUGGGUAUUUCUAGUGAGACGCUGGUGCGGCCCAGCUCUGUGUCACAGGAAGAGCUGCUGGAGAUGAUAGACAUUCUGAACCGAGACUGGAGGGUCAGUGGCUUGCUGGUACAACUUCCUCUACCAGAGCACAUUAAUGAGCGAGCUGUGUGCAAUGCUAUUGCACCUGAGAAAGAUGUAGACGGGUUCCACAUUGUCAACAUCGGGAAGCUGUGCCUUGACCAGAGAUCUAUGGUGCCUGCCACACCUGCUGCUGUGUGGGAGAUAAUCAGGAGAACAGGGAUCCAAACUGUGGGGAGGAAUGUGGUCGUCGCUGGGCGUUCCAAAAAUGUCGGGAUGCCGAUUGCUAUGCUUCUGCACACGGACAGGCAACAUGAACGCCCAGGGGGUGAUGCUACUGUGACCAUUGCGCACCGGUGUACCCCCAAGGAGCAGCUUAAAGAGCUCACCUGCCUCGCUGACAUUGUCAUCGCUGCUGCCGGGGUUCCUGGCCUGAUAACAGCAGACAUGGUGAAGCAGGGGGCCGCAGUCAUUGACGUCGGCAUCAAUCGCGUCCAGGACCCUAAAACUGGAAAGGUCAGGCUCAUUGGGGACGUAGACUUUGAAGAGGUGAGAAUGAAGGCGGGAUUCAUCACUCCAGUUCCUGGGGGAGUGGGGCCCAUGACAGUCGCCAUGUUAAUGAGGAAUACAGUGACUGCAGCCAGAAAUGCACUCACACACUAAAGACACACACACCAUCAUACAUACUGAGCACACAGACACAUUGU